UAAUAUGAUUGUGGUGUAUAUAAGUUUGCCUGGACACCCAGACUUUUACUUGUUGGGUUUCAAUGGCGUUUUCUUUCACCACGGCGUCUUUCAUCUCUCUUUGCCGUCCACCGAGCUCUUGUUUACCAUCGGCCUCGUUUCCCUCUCGCGUUAAUCUAAAUCUUGGCAGUAAAAAUAGUCUAUCAGUUGGUGCAAUUUCAACACAAGCAUCUGGAGGAAUUGCACCUGCCAUUGCAUUAACUGAUACUGCUUUGAAGCAUUUAAACAAAAUGAGAUCUGAAAAGAAUGAAGAUUUAUGCUUGAGAAUUGGUGUUAAACAGGGUGGAUGCUCCGGCAUGUCUUACAGCAUGGAAUUUGAGACCAAGGAAAACACCAGACCCGAUGACACAGUUAUGGAAUAUGAUGGUUUUCUCAUUGUUUGUGAUCCAAAGAGCCUUCUUUUCAUCUUUGGGAUGCAACUGGACUUUAGUGAUGCACUCAUUGGUGGAGGUUUCUCUUUCAAAAACCCAAAUGCUACACAAACAUGUGGUUGUGGCAAGUCAUUUGCUGCAGAGAUGUGACAGACAGACAGACUGCACUUUUAGACAUAUCUAUCUAUGUAAAACCAUUUGCAUAUGUAAAAAAUAAUCACUUUUAUUCAAUCAAUAUCGUUUGCCUUCCCUAUUUUA